GUCUUUCUGACGUCGCUAUGGAAACAAGGUCAGUGUCGUCCGUGAAGCAUUGACAGGUGCAUGACAGUUCAGCUGCAAGCAUGUACGCCAAAGGGAAAGGAUCUACUGUACCAUCAGAUGCUCAAGCACGAGAAAAGUUAGCUUUGUAUGUAUACGAAUAUUUAUUACAUGUGGGAGCCCAGAAAUCAGCACAGACAUUUUUAUCGGAGAUAAGGUGGGAAAAGAACAUAACAUUGGGGGAACCACCUGGGUUUCUACAUUCUUGGUGGUGUGUAUUUUGGGAUUUAUACUGCGCAGCCCCAGAAAGAAGAGAUACAUGUGAUCACAGUAGUGAAGCAAAAGCAUUUCAUGAUUAUGGUUUUGUAAAUUCAGGGUUCGGAGUCAAUGGAAUAGCACAUCCAAACUCCGCCACACCUAGUCCUUUAAAUAUGCCUCCCCAGGAUGGUUUACCCGGUGGGCCAAUGCCUCCUGGUUUCUUCCCUCCUCCUGCCUCCCAGCCGUCACCCCACCAGCCAGGGCCACCCCCAGGUAUGAUGGGCCCUGGACAGCCAAAUGGCCCAUUUAUGUCACCAAGGUAUCCAGGUGGACCAAGAGGUCCAAUGAGGAUGCCAAAUGAAUUUAACGGUCCUGGGAUGCCAAAUCAAAUGGGGGGACCAAACGGGAUGGAUCCACGAGGAGUGCCACCUGGAAUGGGGCCAAUGAGGGGGAUGGGGCCUGUGCGGAUGCCUGGGCCAGGAGGCCCAAUGAAUCCAAAUUAUGGAAUGCGAGGUCCUCCACCCCCUAAUGGUAUGGUACCUGGAGGCCCUGGGGGACCAGGAACACCAGGACCACCAAUGCCACCUAUGUCAAUGCCAGGUGGUCCUGGACCAGGACAGGGUAGUAGGGGCCCUUGGCCACCUAACUCACAAGGACCACCAGUAUCAGGUCACCCCGGAACUCCCAUAAUGCCCAGUCCACAAGAUUCAACGCAUUCAGGAGAUGGCAUGUACAAUAUGAUGAAGCCUAUGGGCCCUGGAGGCUAUCCUAUGGGACCAGAUGGCCCAAUGCCAGGCAUGGCUGGGCCAGGAGAUAUGCCAUCUGUUAUGAAUGGUGAAGGUCCUCCUCCUCCUAUGGAAGGCAUCAAAAGUUCCCCUCAACAUGGCCCUGGUACCCCUCGAGAUGACAUGGGCACCUCUGGUGGCCAGCCCAAUGACAUGGGAGGAUACAAUCCAUAUCAAGAUAAUGUAAAUCCCACAGAUCAAACAGAAUCAGCUGCAAUUCUAAAGAUAAAAGAAAGCAUGCAGGAAGAAGCAAAAAGAUUUGAAAAAGUGGACGAUCAUCCGGACUAUAGUUUCAUGCAAUAAAGCCUAAUAUACGCCAGUCACCCCACAACUUUGUAAAUUAUUCCAUAUAUUUAAACUAUUCUUGUAGUGAAGCUCAUGUAGAAAUGAAUGAGCCAUGCUCAGUAAAGAGUUGCUGAGUGCACCACACUCAGUUUAGAGUUGCUGAGUGUGCACAGUUAAGAGUUGCUGAGAGUUUGCAAAACUCAUUCAAGAGUUUUAAGCAGCACAACUCGGUUGAUAAUCACAGAGUGUACACCACUCAGUUAAAGGUUACCGAAAGUAAGCUGGUUGCGUAACAGUUUCACAUGGCAGCCAAUAGUACCAUCCAGAAUAGCUGACAUGUUUUUCAAAUUGCUGAGACAUGCACAGCACUGUUUCUAAGAAAUUGAAUACCUCAGCAGCUUUACUACAAAGUACAAAACACUUAUUCAAGCCAGAAAAAUGUAGGCUAUUUAUACCUGUAUUAUAAAAUGUUGCAAGUAUUGUUGACAAGAGGUUCCUUGUCAGUAUUUGAUAUUACACUAGCGGUUACUUUGGACCAAUAUUUUGUACAGUUAGAGCUGUAGAAAGCCCAUGCUCUGAUGCAUAAAACAUGACGCAGCUUCAAGGCCAAUAAGAGGAGCAUAUACGCUCCUGUAGGAGAUGAACAGACUUGGUAUUGGACAGUUAAAAUCACUUGAAUAUCUCUUAGCAUUUCCCUUCAUAAAAAGCAAAUGUUUACAUUGAAAAUUAGAAAUUAUUGUAUGCCCAACAUAUUCGAUUAUGUGUAUGUACAUAUGUCUGCAUAAUUAACAUAAAAGAAGUAUUUUGAAACAGAAAAUCACUUACUAACAAAUAUGUGAUCUCAAUACUUAUUCAAUGGGCGUUCAAAGUGCUAUUAGCCAGCUAACAUGGUUUAAGACCAUGCAGCCCUGAUGUUGAUCAAUCAGUACUAGUCGAUUUCUAAGGGGCAGUCAAACAAACUCAGCUGAUAUUUCUUUCAUUUAAAUCUUUAUAAUGCUCUUUCAAGUAUUUUUGUUUCUAAGUAUUUGUUCUGUUCUUCAUUCGGGACAACUUUCUGCUGGUACUAUUUUACCCGCAUGAUAUGCCUCGUUUGAUAUUAUUAAACUGAAGGAGACUGUGAUCUAUCCAUAUUUAUCCUGGAUAUAGGCAAUCACCAUGAAAUGCAAUAUAUUGAAAUUUAUUUAUAUAACUUAUAUGUACUAUAUUAACGAAAUCAAGAUAGGGAUGAAUGUGGAUAGACCAUAAACUUUCUACCUUCAAAAGCAUGCUACUUUCUCUCAGUUAUUUUUGCCCUGAAAUUUGUCUACAUCUGAAUAGCCGCACCAUAUAGCUUAAUAUUUAUUAUUACUGUGUACAUGACAUCCAAAUUCUUUGUUUAUACCCUCUUUGUAUAUUCUCUAUUCUUUAUGCUUUUGUAUAUUUUUACUGCAAAAUCUUAUCAUUUUAUAUACAAGUAUACACUAAGGGUACCGAAUGGAUGGUAGCGAUAUGAUUGGUUGAUUGAACAUGAGGCUGGUCACAAAGGUGGCUAAAUAGAGAGAUAGUAUGUGUAAGAUAUUUAAAACUGUAUAUUUGGAGCUGAGUCACUCAGUUCCUUUGUAAACUAACAUGGUCUCAGAAUUGGCGUAGCAAUGAAUACUGCUUUCAUAUUGAAGUACUCAGUCCUUCCUUUUUCAAAGUGCACGUUUGUAGUGCGUGAGUGAGUAACUUGCCAUAUAUGGUAGCAGUGCUUUUUGCUGCACUGGCUCCUCAAAUUGCCAUGUGGCUAUGUAUAUCCAGGACCAGGACUCCUGGUGUAUCAUAUGUACAGAUUUUGCCUCAUUUAUAUAUCGUAAAUAUAAUGUCAUAUAUGUAGUGUAUAAACGUGCCCUUGUUCAAGAGGCAGGUUUGAGAUGAGUGCGAGUUUUUUACACAAUACAUUUCAUUGCUCGUAUUUUGACUUCAUAAUGUAUAUAUACAGUUCAUUGAAAGCCUAGUUUGGUCAAACCUGCCUCAGGAGCAACUGGUCACUGUAGGCUCAGUCAUUAUUAGUUAAAUUAUAAAACAAAUGUAUGUAAUAUACAAUGAUUUUCAUUUUAUGUUUAAACUACAUCUUUUUUUCAAUAAUAUACAGUAUAUGUAUUUAAACUCAGUUAUCAGAUGUAAUUUGUUACAACAAAGACAGUUUUGAAAUGUGGUUAUAUUCCAAUAUAUAGGAUAAACUGUGAGAUUUUAUUUCUUCCCUCAUACAAAGAAUUACACCCUCCAUACAGUGUUUCAUAAUUUGUACCUCUUAUGAAGAAGGAAGAAACCCUGUUUGGAGGAUGAAUCUCCACAUAUUGUAAGAAAGGUGACACAUCAUUGAAUGAUAUGGUUGUGUUACAAUUAUGUGUUAAUUCAAAGAUCCUGAUGGAAUAGUUGAAAAUGAAAUAAGGAACAAUAAAUUAGAACCAUAAACUGUUGUCACAAACAGAACUGCUUUCACUGGUUAAGAAUGCAAUAUCAAAAUUGAAGUAAAAGUUGCAAUGUUAUUCUUAUAUAAUAUAAUAUUACCAUAAAGCAGCAUUCUCAAUAUAUAAAUGUGUAUGAUCAAUGAGCAUAAGUUUCAAAUUCAA